UCAAGGGUCUGAACCAUUAGACGGGGAGAGAGACAAGUAGAUGAGCAUGGCUGCUGAGAACUGGGCUGGGCUGGGAUCAGCCAUCGCCAGCCUCAUGUUCCUGUGGGCUGUGGUUCGCCAGUACUUCCCCUCCCACCUUGACGUCUAUCUCUCCACCUACACCUCCAAGCUGGUCGGCCUCGUCUACCCCUACAUCGAGAUCACAUUCGCCGAGUACACCGGCGAAAGGCUCAAGCGCAGCGAGGCCUACACCGCCAUCGAGGCCUACCUCGGCGCCUCCUCUUCCGAUCGCGCCAAGCGCCUCAAGGCCGAGACAGACAGGGACGGCGCCCAGCUCGUCCUCAGCAUGGACGACUACGAAGAGGUCACCGACGACUUCCAGGGCGUCAGAGUCUGGUGGACGUCGAGCAAGACCGCCCUCCAGGCUCGCUCCAUCUCGUUCUACCCGGCCCCUGACGACCGCCGCUUCUACCGGCUCACCUUCCACCGCCGCCACCGCAAGAUCAUCCAUGGCACCUACCUCCACCAUGUCAUGGAGAAAGGCAAGGCCAUCGGCGUCGGCAAUCGCCAGCGCAAGCUCUACACCAACAGCUCAAAUUAUGACUGGUAUGAGUACAAGAAGCGGGUGUGGAGCCACGUCCCCUUCGAGCACCCGGCGACGUUCGACACCCUUGCCAUGGAGCCCGACAGGAAGCAAGACAUCAUCCAAGACCUCCUGGCCUUCAGGGAGAGCAAGGAGUACUAUGCCAGAAUUGGCAAGCCAUGGAAGCGUGGCUACCUUCUUUACGGCCCACCCGGUACCGGCAAGUCCUCUAUGAUCGCAGCCAUGGCUAAUCUACUUGACUACGAUGUGUAUGAUUUGGAAUUGACGGCGGUAAAGAACAAUACUGCACUGCGGAAGCUGCUGAUCGAGACGACGAGCAAGUCGAUCAUUGUGCUCGAAGACAUCGACUGCUCGCUCGACUUGUCGGGAAAGAGGAAGAGCGAGGCACCGUCGGAAAGAGGAAGCGAGGAGGAUAAGGAGAAGGUGAUGACAGGGAAGGACAAGGAGGAGAGCAAGGUAACGCUGUCAGGGCUUCUCAACUUCAUUGAUGGAUUGUGGUCGGCAUGCGGUGGCGAGCGGCUGAUCGUCUUCACGACGAACCACGUCGACAAGCUGGACCCGGCGCUGAUAAGGAGAGGGAGGAUGGACAAGCACAUCGAACUUUCUUAUUGCAGCUUUGAAGGGUUCGAGGUGCUGGCGAGGAAUUAUCUUGGUGUCGGUGAGCAUCCUCUGUUUGAGAGCAUAAGAGGGCUAAUGGAGGAGAAGCAGAUCACGCCGGCGGACGUGGCGGAGAAUUUGAUGCGCAAGACUGUGGGUAGAGAUGCUAAGGAGAACGUUGAGGCCUGUCUUCAGAGCUUGGUCCAGGCUCUAAAAGAGUGCGGGUCCAAGAACGAGGUGGAGACGGCAGCAGCAACGGAGACCCAGGAAGCCAAAGUAGACGAGGGUUAAUUAGAUGCUGGGGAGAAAAUUUGAAGUGAUGCAAAAUGUACUGAUUGAAAGGAAAUUCAUAUACAACAUAUAAAUAAUUGGAAUAAAUUUACUUUUCAAAAAA